AUGUCAUAUUUUCUACCUCAUUUACCUUCUGGUUGGCAUGUAGAUCAAGCGAUUUUAGCAGAAGAAAAUCGAGUAGUGAUCAUUCGAUUUGGUCAUGAUUGGGAUUCAGAAUGUAUGAGGAUGGAUGAAACUCUUUAUGGUAUAUCAGAAAAAGUUAAAAACUUUGCUAUGAUUUAUUUAGUUGAUAUUACCAAAGUACCUGAUUUUACAAAAAUGUAUGAAUUGUAUGAUCCUUGUACUGUUAUGUUUUUCUACAGAAAUAAGCAUAUUAUGAUCGAUUUAGGUACAGGAAACAACAACAAGAUAAAUUGGGCUAUGGACGACAAGCAAGAGGCAAAUAUAGUUGAGACAAUUUAUCGUGGUGCAAGUAAAGGAAGAGGUCUGGUAGUCAGCCCUAAAGAUUACUCAACCCGUUACAAGUAUUGUAAGUCUAGUCAGACUUCCCAUCUUUCUUCGUCUUGUUUAUAA